AUGGCUUCCACGAUGCAGCUGGAGUUUUCGCAGGCCAUGUCCGACUUCAAGAACAUGUUCCCCGACAUGGACCGGGACGUGAUCGAGGCGGUGUUGCGCGCAAACCAGGGCGCCGUCGAUGCCACCAUCGAUCAGCUGCUGGCCAUGAGCACGGACAAUCAGAACGAAAAGCUGCGCCACGAGCUGGAAACGGACUCGGGUGGUCCACGAUCGGGUGUGGCGAUCGCUCAGUCCGCGGAUCGCCCACUACUCGAUCUGUCCAGUGACGCCGGUCCCGGCACGGACCGGUUCCUCAGCACAUCCCCAAGCGCGGCCGCCAGUUCGAUCGUUGCGCAACAGCUGGGCGCUUCGCCAAAAAUUCGUAAACCACCUACCGGGGCCGCCGGCUGUGCGACUGGGAGCGCCUCCAACAGUCCCCGGGCACACGCUGGCCAUGCGUUGCCAUCGCAACAGGUAAGGGAUGGCGAUGGGACGGGGAUGCGCCCGGGCGGAUUCUCCACGAUCAGACCAACGAUGAAUCGCCGCUGGAAUCCACCUCUCGUCGGACCACUCCCACCUACGUUUCUGCGGCUGGGUGGCACAGCCGGAGGCACAAUCGGACCAGACGGUACCUACCGGAGCGCCGAGUUCGACCUCGGAGAUGAGCAGUUUGCGAUGAUGCUGCAGAACGAAGAGUUUAUGGCGGAGCUGCGGUGGAAUCAGGAAUUUCUGUCCGCGCUCGAGAAGGACCAGCAAGGUAAGGUGCAGGACGAUGCGGCGUUUAAGGAGCGGCUGCGCCACAUGGGCAAGGUGUCACGCAAGAAGUUUGCCCAGCUGGCACGCGUGUUCACGUGGCAGCGGGGCGGCAACAAAAAGGCCAGCGCCGUGCGACAUCCCGACUCGUUGCUGCUGCAGGAGGAACACAGUGACGACGAGGCGGAACCGAAACGAGUGGCCUCGGGCAAAAAGUAG